CAUCUCGUCGCUGGCAAAUGACGCGAUCGCGAGUGACGACAUGCUGGGCGGCGCCGGCUGCCGGGUAGCUGGCGCGGGACGGGACGCGGCGACGCCGACAGCCGGCCCGGCCAGCCACCAGAGACGCCGGCUCAGGGAUCCGCCCUGGCUGGAGGGCGUGGAGAUGACCUGCGAGCUCAUCAACCGGUACCAGAUGGAGCCGCGCAACCUGGAGGAAGUGCUGGAGCGUGACCGGCAGGCACUGCAGCAUAUGCCGCAACCGGCGACGCUGUCAGAGCAGCUCAGCCAGCUGUACCAGGACCUAGAGACAGCGGGCGCUCCGCCCGUCAUCAACCUAGGCGAGCGGGAGGGCACGAGCGGCUCCUCUGACGAUUCGGCCACGGUUCUUAGCAAGAGGCUGAAGCUGUCGCGCCGUCUGUGCGAGUACGACCGGCUGGCGAUCAUCUUCGACGAGGACUCUCCGAUCCCGCCGCCCGACCUGCCGGCCUGCCACCCGGUGCUGCAGUCCACCUGAGCUGCCGGCCGACUCCGGCGCCGGCAGGCCGCGGCGGCUGCCCGACAACUGUCGGCACCAGCUGCUGCAAACCACAUGACCUGCCUGCUGGUUGCCUGCGCCAGCUGCUGCAGACCACAUGACCUGCCCGCUGGUUGCCUGCACCAGCUGCUGCAGACCACAUGACCUGCCCGCCGGCUGCCUGCACCGGCUGC